CCUUGCGUAGUUGUACUUCUCUGUCACUUUUUCACUCUCAGACGCUUUGAACUCAAAGGAAAAGGUGGAAAUGGCGAGAGUUCUGAGUCCGAGAAACAAGCCAGGUUUCCACAACCUCCUGACUCGGUUCCUCAACUCACCGAGUCCGCCUCAUCGUCACGGAGCUACAAAAUCACUGGAAACCCUAGCCUACGAAGAGAUCCAAGCUUCAACAACAGGGAAACCCUACAACUCAACAGCCUUCGUUCUUCACGGCCUUUUGGGAUCCGCCAGAAACUGGAGAUCGUUCUCUCGAACCCUAGCUUCCGCUCUCUCCAACUCCAAUUCCUCUCCAUUGGAGUGGAGGCAAGUGCUUGUGGAUUUAAGAAACCAUGGAAGAUCAGCUGAGAUAGAAACCCUAGAACCGCCUCAUGACAUGGUCAACGCGGCCAACGAUUUGGCCAAUUUAGUCAAGGCUCGAGGUUGGGCUUGGCCCGAGGUUGUUAUUGGCCACUCCAUGGGUGGUAAGGUUGCGCUUCAGUUCGCAGAGAGUUGUGCUCGUGGUGACUAUGGUGAUUCUGUUUCAUUGCCCAAACAGCUGUGGAUACUGGAUUCCGUCCCUGGAGAGGUGAACCCUGAAAACAGUGAUGGAGAAGUUGAGAAGGUGUUGCAGACCUUACAGAGUUUACCUUCAUCAUUCCCAUCACGAAAGUGGCUUGUCAAUCAUAUGAUUGAACUUGGGUUUUCCAAGUCCUUGUCAGAAUGGAUAGGCAGCAACCUCAAGAAAUCAGGAGAGCAUGAGACAUGGGCAUUUAAUCUUGAAGGUGCUGUGCAGAUGUUCAAUUCAUACAGGGAGAAGUCUUAUUGGCCCCUUUUGGAGCAUCCGCCAAAAGGUAUGGAGAUAGCAAUUGUGCACGCAGAGAACAGUGACCGGUGGGACUCAGAUGUGAUCCAGCGGCUUGAAAGCCUUGCCACUCGAGUAGGAGAUGGGUCUGAGGGGAAGUUUUCUGUUCACGUGCUUCCCAAUUCAGGCCAUUGGGUUCAUGUGGACAAUCCGAAGGGACUUCUAGAGAUGAUUGCUCCAAAGCUUGCAUCUCUUAAACCUCAUAGUACUUGAUAUAGUGGAUAUUAACAAUGUAACAAUUUUUAUUCUGAAAUCUGAUUGGUUAUUCAAUAAUGACAAUCUUUAAAAAAAAAAGGUUUGAUGUGUACUCUCUUAGAAGUUAGAACCUCGAUUCUUGAGAGUACAGAAUUCAUGAUUGCAGAGUCAGAUCCAUCUGAAUGUAUUUCAAUUUUUAAUCCAGUUUCUGUAUCAUUUGGAUUUGCUGGUCUAGUUUGGGACUUCCAUUUGAAGUUGAAAUUUGAAAUGUAAUCGGUUGACAAGCAUUCUUAAGUGGUAUUAAAGUUGAAUGAGAUUUUUACCUCAGAA